CCUUUUUCUCUCUCUUACCCUUUAGGAUAUAGGUAAACCCGGGAAAGCAAAUCAGGUCAGUGUUACUGUUUGAGUAUAUGUGUGGUGAGAUAUCGCUGCUUCCUAUGGACUAAUUGUGUGACUCGUGCUGGUGCGUCGGUAGACUCCAUUAUUUUGGAGCUACCUUGUUUUGUUUUGGAUUUUUUGUGUUGGACUCGUGCUACCAUUAUUCGUAUAUGCCACGUACACUAUAUUGUCGCUCUAUUCAAGCUAACUCGAACGUAUUGUACGACGACAUUAGUUAGUUGUCCAUUAACUUACAAGCUUUAUAUUAUCGGUAUCGAACUGUUGACAUUACUAUUUCACAGGCAACAAAAAUGAUUAAGUUGUUUGUUUAAGAUACUGUGGUAAUAACAACUGCACAAUGAUAAUACCCGCUUGCUGGCAUCUUCGCUAAAACAACACCAAUAAUCUACCUACGAACAGCCUUAAUAAAGUAAGUGAUUUAACAUUACGUUAAACUCCCUGACUGUCCGGCCAUUUUCAAUCAAGCAAGAAAACGACGAGCAAAGCAAACAUUGACUGCCAAAAUGUACGUCGACCUAGCUGUUUCGCCCGUCAUGGAACCUAAAAAGCGGCAUAGUGAACCUUACACGGAAUACCAACUGCCAUUGUGUCAGAAUCUGUGUGUGCCAUCAUCCACAGUUAUUGUACCAAACAUGAAUGCUAAUGGUAUUAGCCAUAGUGGUAACAAUAACAACAAUAUAUCGCUGCACUGCUUGUCGGUGCCCGACCUGAGCGCCUCACCGCACCAGCUGUUCCGCGAAUUCUGCUCAGACGUAUCUCCUGGGGUAGCCCAAUUGUCGUUAGACCAACAGCAACAGGCGUUGACGCCGCCCAAUCGAUCGCCAGCCUCAUCGACCUCAGGAAGCCCAAAUCGAAUCUCGCGCAAUCGCGUCAAGUACCAAAAGGGUCGACGGAGAUCGUUGGGAGUUCCAGGUAGUCGUUCGCCGAAUGGGCGAAGUUUGUGGAAAGAGUUAGAGGAGGACCCGUGGGCUGAAUUCCAUCGGAAACGAUCGCCGGGCUUGGCUACGGCCCGCUACCCCCAACAAGCCGUCGAUCCACCUCCAGGACCUGGCGCGUACCGGUGCCGAUCCUUUUCAGUCACACCUAAGGGCAACAUUCUAAAUCUCGGCGACGUUGUACUCACGAAUGCUCUUGAUGAACGGCGCAAGUCAGUAUCGUCGUGUACUGAUGCCCCUGAAGAUCCUAGCCCACCACUUGUGCGUGUAAGGCUGUUAGGAGCACCCGGAGUUGGUAAAUCCUGUCUAUUGCAACAAUUCAUCGAAGGUCGUGCCAACACCGUCAACGAAGAGGGACAUCUGGAGAUUAUUACGUCGCCCCCGCCGUCAGCGGAAAACAGUGUCGAUGUGCAAACGACCCGCGUAAUGUUGGACGGCGAGGAGUUUGAUGCCGAAUUCGACGAGACCACCGAUCACGUGGUAACAAAGCAACACUUAGAAGAGGCAGACGCUUUUGUAGUCGUCUAUUCCGUCACGGACAGGGAAAGUUUGGAAUUGGCCGAGGAUACCAUUAGUCAGCUGAGAGUUCUAUGCGGACAUCAGAAGGGCGGAGGUGUCGGUCGACGGAGAUCCUCGGCUACUGCGACUCUAGGCGGCCUCCUGAAUAGGCCCAUCACCAAAGCCGUCAUCUUAGCAGCAAAUAAGGCCGAUCUAGCUAGGAAAAGAUGCGUAUCAACAGAAGAGGGCCGGUCCUUAGCGAAAAAAUACGAAUGCAAGUUUAUCGAAACAUCUGCGUGUAUUGGCCAUAACGUAGACGAGCUGCUUGUUGGCACCCUCAAACAGAUCCGCCUGAAGCAACGUUCCGGCUCCGUGCCCGCCUGGUGCACACUUGAUGUGCCUCCGAUCAUCCGCUCCCGGGCAGCUUCCCUCAGUCCCGAACCAACGCCUGGACACGGCUAUGGACACCGGGCAUCCCUAUCAACAUCAGCCUUUCCGCCAAUUAUGACGGAUAGUGCGGAAGGCCACCGACCUUCGGUGGCUCGUUCCAUCGCCUGCAAGGCGCGCGGAUUCAUCAACAAAUUUUGGACCAAAUGCGACUCAGUGAGAACUCGAUCGUGCGAUGAUCUCCACGUACUCUAACGAGGAGAUGUAAGGUUAUAACGACACUAACGAUGAUGAUUAUAACUGAUGAAAUUGAGAUAGUGUUCUCAAAUAGGUACACAUAGAGAUAGAAAGAAGGACAUCGAUGCCUAGCUAUCGACAAAUGUGGUCACUAUACGACAAACGCAAGUGAUCUGAUGUUUGAGAUAUAGGUGACCUCAACAUGUUGCUAAACAUAACUAACAGUAACCGUAAAAAUCGACUUGUGGCAAAUGGUUAUAAUGAUGAUGAGCUAACUCAUUACUUAGCUAGCACUGUUAUUCGGUAGCGGUAAUCAUUUGAGUUAUGGCCGUGCUAUGAGCUUUUUUCCACGAGAAAAUAUUCUUUAACAUGUGGGUUAAAGGGUAAAGAUGAUGGCAAAAAAAUUAAGCUACUUCAAGCGAAUUUGGCAGCCUUUGAAAUAUAAUAAAUUUUGAGCUGAUUGGGCUAGUACGAUUAUAUUUUAAUACGUCUUAGAUAUAGUUUGCUUUAUUUUUACAUAUUCGUCUCAGCGCUCUACCAGCUUCUGCAUAGCCAUAUAUCUACCAUUCGCGUUCCCAUAUGUUAGCUCCCUAUCAUUUUUCUAUCGAUGGGCCACUAUGUGGCUUUCUAGGGUAUGGAAAGCCCCGUAAUUAUAUGAACUUAGAUCGAGAGAAUAAGUGCAUUGUAGCCAUUGCCCGAUGUUCUUUUGCCCGAUAUCGAGGCAACGAUGUUUUGCAUUGUUAUCAAUGCUUUCGAGUGCCAUCCGAACGGUCUAUGAGUUUUUGAGCUUGAGAUAACUUUCAUUUAUUACUUCACUUUCUGCGAAUAUCUCGUAAUAGCAGAUGCCCCUGAUAUCUAUUGCAAGUACGUCCGCCGCUUCCCGUCGGAACCUACUCAACGCUGCUACUGAACUCGAAGCGUCUGUAGGGCGACGUGAUGUUUUCGUCUCGUCCCUCUCCUAUCAGCGAUCAAAACUGAACCGUAUGUUACCUUCGAGAACUGUCUUUUUGAUCUUCUGCAAAUUUCACAAGCAUUUACAAUUGGCCUGAACUCGAUUCACAGGGAUCCACCUAUAUUCAUUUUUUCGCAUCUCAGUAUUUGGUUUAUAAGUCUGUAACAUCCUACGUUAUAUAUCAGCUCUGGCCCAAACAGCUCUUAUACACUAACCUACGCAUCGCUCGAAAGCGUCAUCGAUCACAGCAAGGCGUUUGUAUUUUUCAGCUUCCGAUAUCUAGUCAUGGACUCGCUAAUCUUCCAUAACUAACUUAUCCUUAAUUCAAAUGCUUCCAGGGGACUUCAGUGUUUAGCAGCCAACUUUCAUUUGCUAGCGACGCGUACUUCCAAACCUAUUCAAAUUCAAAGUCUAAUGGAUUCGCUUGUAACAGCUUAAUAUAAUUUGGAGAAAAACAAAAUACGAACCAAUAGCAGGCGCCAUAAAUUUAGAUAGAAAAUAAAACACUGCUGAAGUUAACGAAUGUUGUAUCGUAAAAAUAAGUUGGACGAUAAAGUUCACAGUUCUAUGAACAUUUUCAUAUAUUCAAAAAUAUACCCUAAGUGAAAUUAUAAUGUAAACAAAGACAGCUUUAAUUAAAAGCAUCAUGGACACAGUAUAAUGGUAAAACUACGUAAACAAGGCGCAUUAACAUAAAAGAGUAUGCAACAGUAAUUCUCUACUACACGCGAAUUCUAAGACUUUGAUCUUCACCAGUGAAGCUUUGAAAGAUAACCUUCAGUCGCUUUCAGUAACCAAAACGAGCAUCAGGGACACUGUAAUUAUGGGUAACUGUACACUGAUAAACCUAGCACUACUCUAUGCUAAUCAGUUACAAGAUGCCGAUGGCAGAAAACGGACGAUGGUGGGUCGAAUAGUCAAAACGUUUAUUACGUUCUCUUCGUGUAACUAGGAUCAGCUUCCUGUCAGGGAAAUACCAUUUUAUAAAAAUAACAAGCGUCUGUACACACUAACUUGAUGCUUUUCCGUUACGACGUGAACAGACCAUGGUAGAAAAACGAUUUUUUUCCCUGGAUCAGUUUAUCUUAGGUAAAUAAACACCAAAGUCAUUCAUUCAUGGUAUAGCAGAUAAUUUGAAGGGACUUCGUUGGGCGUUUUCGUUGGAUGCAUCCAAAACCGUAUGCAAUACCAGUAGUGAAAUCAGCCAACCUACUGUAAUUGUAACAUUUCUUUGAUUCCGUAUGCGCAAUGGCAAAACUUAAACAGACAACACAAGUUUUAAUGCAGUUAAUUCCCAUAGCGUGGUACAAAAAAGAGCAAACAGAACAAAGGCACUGGCAUCCCGCUUUCUUCAGCACAGAUUCGCGUAGCUUCUUCGAUACACUGUCUGACAAAGCUCGGACGGAUACGAAGACACGCCAGUGUGGUGUAGUCCAUUGCAUAAACAGAUUACACCUUCAAUAAAAGCUAUAACACCCGACACGACUUGCCUAUUGAAACUUAUACAAUUGGCGCCGAGUCAUUAAUUACAAAUAUGUUGUUUCCCGUUGUAUCAAGGUAGUGACACCACUAAGGAGAUGUCGCUACUGGUGAUAGCGUAGCGUAUAUGGAUGAGCGACGGACAGUAUAUAUACAUGUGCUCUGAACUGAUAUGUAUAUACUGUAAUUAGAUAAACAAUCAAAUAUUGAAAUUUCCACGCAGAGUUUGUUUGCAGAAUUUGACUCCGAAAGCAGAAACGGCUCGUAAUUGGGAUAAAUGAAAAGGGAGCGACAGAGGGAAAAACGGAGAGGCACAAGGAACGAGCAGACAGCAGUAGUAACAGGAUAAACAUCAACACGAAUAAUAACAAUAACAAACGUUUACAACAGUUAAUCGAGCAUCAAAUGAAUAGUGUUGCUGUUAAUUAGAACGGUCUAAGUUUUGCUCAGGUUCCCAACUUGGUCUGGCUCUAAGAAAUCGUCAUCCUUGCAUACGGUCUAAGCCUAAGCAUAACUCAGGGAACGACUAUAUUUAUAAAUUCACGCACUUGACUUUUUUUUCUGGAAGGACGGAUCUCUUAAGAGUGGUAGAUGUGUGGGUGUACACAUCGAGCUAUUCAGUGUAAGAGAAUAAAAAGAUUACCGAACACUCAAUAAUAAACCUCUUAUUUAACUUGUUUUUCAGUCUGGAAAGUGACUAUCACUAGGAUUUAGAUGGUGGACGGAAAUCUGUGCGGGCAAUGCUUUUCGGAGCUUUUUCUGUUGUAGACAGCUGAACGGCAGGCAAAAUUGACGUGGUUGUAUGUGUGAUACUGCUAUUCAGAGUAUAUAAACAGGGUGUGCACUGGUGCUACUUUAGCGAUGAGAGACAAAGCGAUUAUGGAAACGAAUGCUCUAGCUAACUCAUCAUAAACGAGCAGAUCGAUCUAACAUUUCCAGCUAAUUCUUCCCUUUUUCUUUUCCCUCAGUCUCGCCAAUUUUAACAAAGACAAAUUCAAAAAUCAUAGAUUUAGUUUUAACCAUUUGUACACAGUUCUAGCAAAAACCAAAAGAUAAGUUCUACUCGGAGAUAACAAGCCUGGAAACUUGCAUGAAAACAAAGCGCAUAUAGGUCGCUUUUGUACGUACAAAUUUUAUGCGAGUUACGUAUUAUCAUGACAAGUCGUCAAAUUGAAAUAGUGGCUACAAAUCAAUGGGAGCGAAUGAAGGGGAGUAAAUGCAGGUGAUGACGACUAACUAAAACUCGGCUGAAAAACAAUCCUGCGAUUUUGCCAUUUAGCUCCAAACAUCCCACGAUUUAUUAAGGAACGAUAGACUCUACCGAAAACUAUCUAGGCGCCCCUUAGCCUGCCUCUAAAUUUUCCCAAAAAGCUGUAAUGCGGUGAUGCUAAAAUUCGUUCGCCUCCUAGCUUAGUACCAUAUUAGUUAUUGAUGAUCGGCCAGAUUCAACCGACCAUUCGACUGCCCCAUGCUAGCUAGCACAAAGGACAGGGGCCAUAUCCUGUUUACGAGCCCUUAACAUUAUAAAAAAUAAGAUUAUAUAUAUAUAUAAAUAAACGCGCUGAAAUAACCGUUAUGUAAUUAGUGGAUACAGCCAGACCGCUCACUGAUCAACAGCCAAUUGUACGACCUGUGCGGAUAGGAAAUUAAAUAGCGCUAAAUAAAUUUUGAAAAAGGAAAUCUGGACACGUUUAAAUCGGACAAGAUCGAUAGCAAAAACUCAGAUAUCAAUCAACUGUCCUCAAGUGUUUCAAGCAACACGCUUAGUAACAAAAUCAAUAAAAAAAAGUCAAUCUACGCUCUAACAUUAUUAGAAAGAGGAGGUAGCAGUUGAAUUCUAUUAACGAUAAGUACUUGGCUAAAAUAUCAGAUCUGAGUCAUAGAAGCCGCUAAUUUUCCUAUGAUCGUGAUCGCUUAUAUUUAUUAUGUACUAUUGGCUAUAAUGACAAGCCAUAGUCGACAGGGAAUAAUGGCCAAAUCAUUAACGGAAACUAUCAACGAGUAGAUAGUGUCCUCACUAUACACGACGAGACAGAGCAUCGACUGUAGAUAAACAGAUCAAUGACGAUACGAAGAUGUCUAACAAACGAAAUAACAGUGCUAUGGCGUAAUUAGUCACCGAAGUCACGUUUCACAGAAUUCAUCCAUCAUAAUGUAAUCGGUGCUGGCGUAACGCUGUCGUCGUCGAUCAGCAUGAACUAGCACCUUGUCGAAAUUAGGAUUUAAAAUUUUUAGGAUGAAAAAGGACUAUACGGAGAGGUCUAAUAAUUUUCCGUACAUUCUAUAUAUUUGUCAGCUCCAUUGGGCACGACGUCCAUUAUCGCCAUGACAAUUAUAUGAAUACGUUUCUGACGACUAUAAUAUUUGUGAGGUAUAGCCAGCCAUCAGGUCUGGCGAGCGGGCCCAUUGUCAUCCUCUUAAAAGCAAUACGUAGCCAGCGAGAGGUCUGAGGAUGACAAAAAACGAAAACUACAAGCGAUAAUUUUAGAUGCUGAACGCACGAGGCAGAUUGCGCUCACAGCCGGUGAGUGACGGUGCCUCGUAAAGAGUCACAGAAUUUCCUACACGUAAAAACAUACUUAAAAAUAGCGUUUACUCGAAGUAGAGUUUUGUCUCUUCAAUACAAAACAAUAAAAAAAAAAAACACCCGUAUACCAAUAAUACAACUUGCAUUAAUGAUGAUAGUAAUAAUAAUGACGAAAAAAAAUAAUCACAGAUUUGACAUAUCAAGAACCGAAGUGUAGUUCUAUAUUCAAAUAAAAUAGAUUUUAUACCCGUCAACCUGAA